AUGUGCUUGGCUCCUUUCUGCUUCGAAUGUCAUUCAAAAUAUCUUGUUUUCUCUUGUUUAAAUCACCUACAUUUCGAUAUUCGUGGAUCCAACAUGGUAACACUAAACCAUCAGAGAUUUUGGCAGCCGGUGACAGAAGAUUCUGUGAGAAACUCCUUGGCCGACACAGAAGAACAAUCUAUCUGGACAGUGUCAGGGGGACAGAGAGAAGGAACUGACGGGCAAAGCUACGUUAUGGGGAGUUAUGGUCUGCGAGAACAAUGGAGUACAGAGAGCUCUGGUAAACCAAACUCCAAGCAUAGUCUCGCCGUGGUGUUUCAGACUAAUGCGGGUCAUCAAGUGUCCGAAUCACACGAGCAUUCUCGAUCUUAUUCGCCCAGAAUACCUCUCGAUGACAGUUUAUCAGCUACUGAACACCAUCCCCCGUACCCUGAAGAUGUUGCACUACAUCCUACCUCCCAAGGUAGAAAUAGUCCGUCCGUGACAGGCUUAGAGGGCCCAGGAACAACGAGAAUUUUUGAUGUUUUCGAGGACGAUCAGAGUAUACAAAGCGACAGGGAUUGCCACGAACACUCUACUGCAAAUACAAGGAGACGACGACUGGAAGAUUCGUCCCUUUUGUCAUCGACAAGGUCCCGCUAUGUGACUCUGGGGAUUUUGGACAGAAAUGAAUCAUCACAGAGACGAGGAGCCCAGGCUCAACCCGAAGAUAAUGAAUCGUCAUCUCAAAUUACAGGGACCUGUUCAGCUAGCAAGCUCGCAACUCUCAGAGAUGCCAUCGGAUAUCUGACGCACGCUUAUAUUGUGGCAAGCGCCGAUGUCACAUUUUCUGAUGGGCCCGCGGAUGCAGGCGGUCUUGUUAAAGAGAACCUUGCAGUGCUUCAACUUGCAACAAAAACCCUACAACAUGCAUACGGCAUCAUUGCAACAGGUACCACCGCAAUCGAUACUUCCCCUCAAGAAGGUAUGGUUAUGCGGUCACGACCAUCUGUUAAGCGCACCAAGUGGACUAUCGAAGAUGACCGCCGCCUAUUUAGAUUGAGAGAUGAGAAAGUACCAUGGAGUCGUAUUCACGAUUCUUUCCCCGGGAGGACCCUGGGUGCUCUCAAAACCAGAUACUUUGGCAAAUCUUCCAGGCAGUCUCAAUCUCCUUCUAGUAAGGAGAGCCAUCCUGUGUGCGAUAACCGGCAAGUGAGCGGUACGUCACCUCAUCGGAGAAGUGCAGAAUCGCCUGUUCGGAGAAGCGAAAGGCUCCGCCAGGCCCACCACGUUUCAAGGAUGGGAAAAUCACGGAGCUUGAGUCAAAAGCCUCCUUUCCGUGCUGUGACGUGUUAUACAGGUUCGGCAAUAAACCUGGAUGCUAUUGAUCCUCGACUUCGGUCCUAUAACAGUGCAUAG